ACGCACGGACUAUCUGCAUGAGCUUCGGAGCUCCCAAGAAAAAAUGCGAGGUUAACGACUUAUUGGAUGAUCGUUGGUUGAUUGCCCAAUGCCACCCAGAGAGUUGCGAAGAUGAUUUUAAGAAAUAUUGCGGUACGGCAUGGCCGGAAGGCUUUCGCCGCUCCCGCCCCGAGGACCUGCCUUCGCGCCCUGUCAGCCGCGACGACGACCACAACUACCCCCGAGGCCACUCCGCUGUCGGGAGAUGCGAGCCAAACGCCUACUCCCGCCGCGUUCCACAAUCCCCGGAUACCAUCACGCGCCGCGGCGGACCAACAAUCCGAUACCAUCCCCGACGAUUUCAGAGUCUUCAACACGAUCCAGAAGCGGACGAAGAAGCUAGGAUCCGCAGUCGAGCUGCGCUACAUCCCCGACGAGAUCCUCAAGAACCCGCCGCAGGACGCAUCGCUCGAGCUCCUGAUGGCCUCACAGGCCCACAUGGGCCACAACACGUCGCUGUGGAACCCGGCCAACUCGCGGUACAUCUACGGCGUGCGCGCGGGCAUCCACAUCAUCAGCCUCGAGGUGACGGCGGCGCACCUCCGGCGCGCCGCCCGCGUCGUCGAGGACGUCGCGUACCGCGGCGGCCUGGUCCUGUUCGUCGGCACCCGCAACGGCCACAUGCCCAUCGUCGUCCGCGCCGCCGAGCUGGCCGGCGCGUGCCACCUCUUCGACAAGUGGACGCCCGGCGCCAUCACGAACAGGGACCAGAUAUUGGCCUCUGCCGAGCUGCGCAUCGUCGACCAGCUGGACCGCGAGCUGGAGGACUUCGACAAGCACCUGCAGGACCGGAGGCCGGUCGUCCCGGACCUCGUUGUCUGCCUCAACCCGCUUGAGAACCACACCCUGCUGCAUGAGUGCGGGCUGGAGAAUAUCCCGACAAUUGGGAUCAUUGAUACGGAUGCAGAUCCGACGUGGGUCACGUACGCGAUCCCGGCGAACGACGAUAGUUUACGUGCUGUGGCUGUGAUCGGGGGCGUACUGGGCCGCGCCGGCCAGCGGGGCCAGAGGAGGCGGUUGAAGGACGCAGAGAACGGCAUCGUUACGUGGGAGAACCCUACGGAUAUCAGCAAGUUCAUCGCGUUAGAGCAGGCUGCCAAGGAGGCGGCGGAGAAGGCGGAGAAGAAGAUGGCGAAAGCCAGGGACCAGGGCGGAGAGCAGGAUGGAGUGUCGGCGGCUCAGCUCGAGGCGUUCGACUACUUCCAGAAGAAGAGGGACCAGGGCGAGAAAUGAUGAUGGCGUAGUCCAGCCGGUCUCAAUCUUGGGACCGGAGGCCCAAGGAUAUGUCAUAACAAACAACACUGUACACUCUGUAGCAUUUACCUAUCAAUUGGUCGGGUUUGCCUGUCGAUUGAUAUCAAUAGAUUUUUGAGCAUAUAUUGCGCGCUUCAAUCGAUCUCCGAACCCCAAGCGCCGCGGCC